AGAAAGCCUAGAGUUUGCUAUUCUCUAGCAAGACCAUCAUUGCUGCUGCUCUUUUGGAAUUUCUCGUUGUUCCGAAGAUGUGGAGCUCAUCGAAAAUUCCAUUAGAAGCCGCAUCUCGAUAACAUUCCGUUUUGAGAUUACACAGAGGGAAACGAGAGGAUGUUUGCUGAUUGUGUUUGGAAACCAAAGACAAAAUAUAUUAUCUUGUGGAACAACAGAAUUUGAGAGUUUCACGAAUAUUUACAAGAGUUUUGUUUCUUUAUAAAGGUUUGGUGCUAGUUGCUUAAGCUCAAGGCUCUCAGUUAUAUGUAUUGUACAGUUUUGUGAAAUAUUAUUAUUUUCUGUAUUUUUCACUUGUUGGGCAAGAGACAAUGUAUAACGACAGGAGAUUGGCUCGUACAAGGAGUUGCCCAACUCUAUUUGCAGUUUUGAAAGAGCAGAUGGUUCAAGGAAAGAAGAUUAGGCUAAGUAGAGGCACUUUGAACUAUAUUAAGAGUAAGAAGGCAGGCAAGUUUUAUAAGAGCACAUCUUCUAGUGAACUAGAGACCAUACUGGAAGGUGAUGAGGGAGACAACUAUACAGACGAUGAUACCUUGAGUAGCUGUAGUGUAUCAUCUUCCCAUUCAGAACCAGCUGAUAUGAGUGACGUCGCCUGUUCAACAACAGCUGAGGCUCCCUCAGCAUAUACCUUGGAACACCGAUUACCUGGAAGUUUACGAAUAUCACCUCGUCGAUUGAACCAGUGGUCAGAUAGUGUCGUCAUUCAGCGAUAUAUUCCACUUGGACAGAAAAAUAGCAACACUUUUCGAAAUGUAGCUGAAAAUUCGUCUCAUGGACAUUCUUUGUACCCUGUACAAAGUGAAAAGAAUAGUUCCUCGGUAUACAAGGACAAAAAUGCGCCACAACACAACUCCUACAUUUCGUCUUUAUUGGAUUCAUCAAAUCUGUCAUUUUUGAAUAAGGAAAGCAAAUCUAGGAAAGAUGAGAAACAAGAUAGUGUACCAAAAAGGGAACAGUCAGAGACAUCCAAUGAAACUUACGGUAAUAGACGGAAUAUGGAUAUUAUUCAUCCCGGUCAACUAUGGUUACCUCCGGUAGAAUGGCGAGUUGAAAAUAUGGAGUCACUUGUUUGGAAGGAUCAGCAUAUUUAUCACAAAGAAGAAGGUGGAUGGUGGAUGGAGCGGUGGACACUUCGCACAGAAAGUAGGCAAAAAUUGGGUGAUAAGUUUGGUGUAGAUGCUGAUGGUACACCUUGGUCUGAGUGGUGGCUGGAAACGGAGUUGCCCAAUUCAAAUACUAAUACUUGUGCUGCUUAUAUUAAAAAGUUUGGACAAAAAUGGGGUAGAAAUGCAAAAGGUGAACGUUGGUAUGAAACUUGGCAAGUAAAAAAUGAUGGGAAAGUUGAAACAACUUAUCGUUUAGAAAGAGCAAAAUCCGGUAACUUUUGAAAUUUAUCAAACAUAGGAUAACUUGACCUUUAAUACUUUGAAAUAAGUUAUAUCUGAUUUUUAGGCUUGUAGAGAUGCAAACAUCAGUAAAGUAAGAACAUGAACUAUAGGUUUGUUUUGCCGUAAUGAUUGAGCACAGUUUUUAUUUCUAAGCACUUGCAUAUGAACGGAUUUUCCCUCCAAUCAUUAUUCCAUUUCAUUUCUCUACUUGAAACCGUCAUUUUGAAUGUGGUAAUAGUAGUAGUAAUCGUAGAAUGGAGCCUAAAGAAACCACUCAGAGAAACAGGCAUUGUUAGUUACUUU